AACAUAAUGUUUAACAAAUGAAAAACAAAGACGCGUUAUCAUUUAAUUAAACAUUUUGACUUAUUAUUAUGACAUUAACAGAUUUUAAAUACUAUUUUGAGCAUAUAUACAGGCAUGUUUAUGGAUGGAUGUAAACGAUCCGUAAUUUCGUUUAUCAUCCAAUUUCUUUCUGUUUAAGUUAAAAACAUAAUCUGCGCAUAGAAAAUGGAUCCACAACAAAUAGUGGAAUUAGGCAAACUGUUAAAAAAUAACGGAGAUAAAAUCUUGAAUUCCGAAUUUGCUUUAAUUCUAUCAGGUUCCAUAUUACGUGCUCUGAAUGAUUCUUUCACUUUGAUAGUCGACUCUUUGGAAUGUGGAGAUGCUAAGAAUUUUCAAGUACUUAAGACUAUCAAUUCAAAGUCAUCCGCUUUUCGUGAUCUUCAAUUGAUUUCCGAUUCCGUGCAGAAAACUCCACAACUAUGCAUGGUACAUUGUCCACAUGAAGAAUAUUUUCAAGGGAAUAUUGGUAUUAAAAAAUUUCGGGCUGGUUUGACCACCGUCCUGGUUUGACUACCGUUUGAGGUGCUU